AUGUUACUUGAAAUUUUAUUUGGCAGCCAAACGGGUACAGCUGAAGAUGUUAGUGAACGUUUUUCAUGUAUGGCUCGGUCAACAGGUGUUGAGUGUCGUGUUCGAUCAUUGAAUUCAAUUCAAUCAAUUGAAGAUCUUGGAACAUUUAUUCUUUUUAUUGUAUCAACAACUGGUGAUGGUGAAGAACCUGAAAAUAUGCGUCAAUUUUGGCGAAUAAUUAUGAAAAAAUCCUUAUCAUCAAUACCAUCGAUUUUAUCACAUAUUCAUUAUGGUUUAAUUGGUUUAGGUGAUUCAACAUAUCCAAAAUUUAAUUUUGUUGCAAAAAAAUUAUCUAAACGAUUGGAACAAUUAGGUGCACAAGCCAUAUGUGAUAAAGUUCUUGCUGAUGAACAACAUCCACAUGGAAUUGAUGGUUGCAUUGAUCAGACAUUUACAGGAAUAUUUUGGAAAACAUUUGGUGAUCUUAUUGGUAGAGAACUAAAACCACGUAUGGAUCAACGUUUACCAAGUAAAUAUCAAAUUCAAUGGAUCGAUAAUAAUGAAAAAGAAUUGUCAAGUUCACAAAUAUCAAUCAAUAGUCCUAAAAUUCCACCUGGUUAUACAUCCGUUCCUCUUGUUUCCAGUACACGUGUAACAUCAUUAGAUCAUUGGCAAGAUGUACGUUUACUUGAAUUUGAUACAGAUCUUUCAUAUAAAUGUGGAGAUGUUGCUGUUAUUCUUCCUCAAUGUCCUUUACCAUCUGUUCAUCUUCUUGCAAAUCUUCUUAAUAUAGAAAAUAAACUUCAUAAUCAUUUUAUUGCUUCAAAUGAAACAUCCUCUUUAUCAAUGACUGUAUUAGAAUUAUUUCGUGAUUAUUUACAUAUAACACAUAUACCAUCACGAUCAUUUUUUGAAAAAUUAGUAUGGUUUUCUGAUGAUGAACGAGAACGUGAACGUUUAUUAGAAUUUUUACAACCAGAAAAUAUCGAUGAUCUUUAUACAUAUUGUCAUCGACCACGACGUACAAGUGUUGAAGUUUUACAAGAUUUUCGUCAUACAACAUCACGUAUACCAUUUAAUUAUGUAUUUGAUCUUUUUUCACCAAUACGUCCACGUUCAUUUUCAAUUGCAUCAAGUCCUAAAAUUCAUUCAAAUCGAAUACAAUUGUUAGUUGCUGUUGUUCGUUAUAAAACUAUUAUUGCACUUUAUCGUGAAGGUUUAUGUAGUAAUUAUUUAUGUCGUUUACAACCUAAUGAAAAUAUUUUAAUGCGUAUAUCAUCAUCAUUUAAUUUAAUUAAUGAUGAUCGACCAGCAAUUAUGAUUGGACCUGGUACAGGUGUUGCACCAUUUCGUGGUUGGAUACUUGAAAGAAGUUUAAAUGAUCAAUUAUUAAAUAUGUUAUUUUUUGGUUGUCGUUAUCGAACAAAAGAUGCAUAUAUUGAAAAUGAUCUUUUAAAAGAUACAAUUAAUCUUAUUUAUAUUCCAGCAUAUUCACGUGAUCAAGAAGAUAAAAUUUAUGUUCAACAUAAAAUAAUUGAAUAUGGACAUGUAGUAUGGGAAUGGAUUGAACAUAAGCAAGCACGAGUUUAUCUUGCUGGAAAUGCUAAACAAGUACCUGAACAAGUAGCGGAUGCAUUAAAAAAUGUUUUUAUCAAAUUCGGACAUAUGACAAAUGAUCAAGCCGAUAUUUAUUUACGUGAAAUGGAACGUACAAAACAAUUUCAAAGAGAAACAUGGUCUUAA